AUGGCUUCCAGGAAACCUGUCACGGCUGCUGCUUUAGCCGGCUUUAUCACGGCUGGUCUCGCGGCCGCUGACGUCCCGAUCGCCGUGUAUCACGACGCCACCUACUCGCUAUCUGAGUCUUGUGGCAUUCCGUGCUCUGGCGUCGGAGCCGAGCCUGUAGGUACUGCCUGCCCCAAAGCUGGCGAUGUCGCCACCUCCGACUGCCAGCCGUAUCUACUGUCGUACAACGGUGCAGUGUGCGUUGCUCCAACUGCUGCCGAGUGCGUUCUCAUCCACGACGACGUGUGGGGUUGUGAAUUCCCGAAAACGAGCUACACUUCUGCUGUCGAGGCAGAGACCAUCGCGGCGUACGACGGAGAAAGCUCGAGCUGGGAAGCCGGCCAUGACGAAGGUGUCCAAGUCGGAGAUGAAGAGGAGGAAGCCCCAACUGGUGUCCACUACGACACGACCGUCGAUGCACCGCUCGGUGUCAACUGUGAGGUUGCAACUGAGACACCAACGCAAGGUCACACGACGGAGGGUGGCAAGUACUAUGGCUCGACGGGCACCGCCACUUCGCCCGGCACUACAGAGUCGGCGUCUGGCGGUAAGACGACUGUCGACCAUGGCACUACAAUUAUUCACUACGGCUCAACGAUCACCGAGGGGGUGGUUAAGGGUGGCUACGGCCCCGCUGAUGCAAAGGUGGUCGAUAGCACGACACUUGUUGACCAUUCGACCGACACUACUGAGACUACCGAGAGUGGUAACAUUUCCGGUGGCUAUGACACAGCCGGUACGAUCACGGAGAGUGGUGCUACAACUGAAGGCUACACCACUGGCGGUACUACCCACGAGACCACUGAGGGUGGCACUGUGGACUACAAUGCCGGCACAACUGAAGAAAGUCCCGAUACCACAACGGUAGACUACAAACCCGAGGAGACAGGAGGUCAACACUAUGAGACCCCUUCUGAAGUCGCCAUGUGA